CCGCCCGCAAAGUGCUUCAGGGGGCGUGGCCUGCACGUUGGUGGGGGAGGGGCCUGUUUCCGGGAGAGCCGCCCCGCCCCCACGUGGGCCCGGGGAGUGCGCGACAGCGGUAUCGGGACCGUCUCUUCGGCGCUCUUAGGGAGGCAGAGCUGAGCACACAGCAGAUACUUCGGGAGCCCUCAGUUACAACCAGCUAGCUGGCUGUCCUGCGCCUCCACUGCCCACCAUGCAGCCCCAGUCGGUUCUGCACAGCGGCUACUUCCACCCACUGCUUCGGACCUGGCAGGCAGCUGCCACCACCCUCCAUGCCUCCAACCUCAUCUACCCUAUCUUUGUCACGGAUGUUCCUGAUGACGUACAGCCUAUCGCCAGCCUCCCAGGAGUGGCCAGGUAUGGUGUGAACCGGCUAGAAGAGAUGCUGAGGCCCCUGGUGGAAGAGGGCCUGCGCUGUGUCCUGGUAUUUGGAGUCCCCAGCAGCGUUCCCAAGGAUGAGCGGGGCUCUGCAGCCGACGCGGACGACUCCCCAGCUAUCAGGGCAAUCUGUCUGUUGCGCAAGACCUUCCCCAGCCUCCUGGUGGCCUGUGAUGUCUGCCUGUGCCCCUACACCUCCCAUGGUCACUGCGGGCUUCUGAGUGAAAAUGGGGUUUUCCGGGCUGAGGAGAGCCGGCAGCGGCUGGCAGAGGUGGCACUGGCCUAUGCCAAGGCAGGAUGUCAGGUGGUAGCCCCGUCGGACAUGAUGGAUGGACGCGUGGAAGCCAUCAAGGAGGCUCUGAUGGCACAUGGAUUUGGCAACAGGGUAUCAGUGAUGAGCUAUAGUGCCAAAUUUGCUUCUUGUUUCUAUGGACCUUUCCGGGAUGCGGCUCAAUCAAGCCCAGCUUUUGGAGACCGGCGUUGCUACCAGCUGCCACCCGGAGCACGAGGCUUGGCCCUCCGAGCCGUGGACCGGGAUGUGCGGGAAGGAGCUGACAUGCUCAUGGUAAAGCCGGGGAUGCCCUACCUGGACAUUGUGCGGGAGGUGAAGGACAAGCACCCUGAGCUUCCUCUCGCCGUGUACCAUGUUUCUGGAGAGUUUGCUAUGCUGUGGCACGGAGCCCAGGCCGGGGCAUUCGAUCUCAAGGCUGCUGUACUGGAGGCCAUGACUGCCUUCCGCAGGGCAGGUGCCGACAUCAUCAUCACCUACUACACGCCUCAGCUAUUGCAGUGGCUGAAGGAAUGACAGACAGAGUGUGCAAUAACCAAGAACUAGAACUUUAAAAAGGUCCAGGGACCUUGGAGAAGUGAAAACCAAAGUAAAUCCUGCUUUUAGAACUUU